AUGUUUGGAGAAUAUGACUUUCUGAACAUCCAGCCAAAAGGUGGAAAGGUGAAGACUCCCAUUGAAAUUGCACACAAUGAAGUGAAGAAGGGCAUCUUUGAGGACCUAACUUCAAGACUAGGUCUUUCCUCCCUGUUGGAUCUACCUUUGAUCACUUUAUCAAAUGGCCAGACAUGUCGAGCACGCAUUGUGAAGGCUAAUUUGUCUGAACUGGAGCUCCUCAUACUCAACAAACCUUUAAGUAUCAAAGAUGAAAUCAUGUCCAAGGAUGCAGAACAUCACGCAAAGGGAGCUGAGCAUAGAAUGGCAAGCACCACUCAGUCAUAUCUGCAGUCUGCCCUUGAUUAUGGAAAGCCAGUAGUUGACAUAAAGAACGUAAACAUAUCAUACGGACCACACAAGGUUACUACACUGUUCUUCAUGGUGUCCAUUUCAAUGACACUAUUGAUCUAG